UGCAUUUAAACUGAAGUGAAUUAGCUUACUAUCGGCUAUGUGGCACAUGAAGCAUAUAGCAAACUCGCACACAGUCAUCUCGCAACCUUUACCGGAGUGUCAGACAGGUGGAAAUAUUGGGCUCUAAGCCUGUUGUAGGCAGUUCCCAUCAUUUCCUUAUUUAUGGCUUAAUUCCCUUGGAACCGGUGGAUCCAGUUGAGUAAUCGCCUGAGCCUGACAUCGAUUGACCCAGGUGUUGAACAGGCACAGGUUUCACUUCACUAUGUCAAAGCAGUUUCAGAUCAGAGGAAGAAAUCUAAUAGUCGGGGGAAACGCGCUUAGACGCGUGUGAAAUGGAAAAGCUGACGGGCUUGUUCAGCGUAAAGGAAGUCACCAAAUCAUACUAACCCAAGCUUGCUUCCUAACUUUUUUCUUCUUUUUUUUUUCAUUUUGGUGCAAGAUCGUCCCCUGUUUGUGACCAAUAUGUACUCCAGUUGAACAUGACAGUCAUCAGAGGACUUCAACACCACAGCAGAGACUGACAAGCCUCUGUCACCUGGAGAUAAUCGAUUGUUUUUACGCAAGGAUUUCGUUGGACACUUAUUUGCGCUUUCACAGGGGGGAGACCAAAACAAAAAGUUCUGCCCCCUGAAUAUGGACAUGGAGGCAUCGAAUGGCUAUAUUGCAAGUAACGGCAACUGCUCUCCCAGGAAGGAGAACUCGAGAAUGCUGGUGGACCUGUCGACCAGCACACCCAAUGGCCAGCGUUCCCAAAGUCCUAAUUCCCCUGCUGCACGCACAAUCAAACAGGAGGAAGGUACUGAGGAGGAGACAGAGAGAAGGCUGGAUGAGGCGGGUCACAGCGGUGAAGAAGGCUCUGGAUUGGAGGAGCCCAUGAUUGACAGCCCAAAUAACUCACAAGAUGCUGGGCCAGGAACAGAAGGGCAUAAUGAGACCGGGAUUAGACUGCCAAAUGGUGACCGGCCGUUCCAGUGUAACCAGUGUGGGGUUUCAUUCACUCAAAAGGGCAACUUACUGAGGCACAUCAAACUCCACACGGGAGAGAAGCCCUUCAAAUGCCCGUUCUGCAGCUACGCUUGCCGCCGCCGUGACGCCCUGACCGGACAUCUGCGCACACACUCAGUGGGCAAACCACACAAGUGUAACUACUGUGGGCGGAGCUACAAGCAGCGCACGUCAUUGGAGGAGCACAAAGAACGGUGUCAUAAUUACUUGCAGAGCGUCGGCAUGGACUCUACCUCCAAUCCUGGACUGUAUCCAGGAGAGGUACCAAAGGAGCAGAGGCCACUAGAGUCAACUGGGAUGGUGGCUUUCGACCGCCCUCCUGUAAUUGAAAGACUGCAGGGGAAUGUGGGUAAACGGAAGAGCACCACGCCACAAAAGUUUGUGGGUGAGAAAAUGGUUCGCUAUUCGUACCCCGAGUUGAGCUAUGAGAUGGGCCCUAAGUAUGACAAGGAAGCUGAGGUGAUGCAUGCGCAGUUGAUGGAUUACUUGGGCUCCGACUCCUUGAGGCCUAUGGUUCAUCACCCAUCCCUCUCCAUGGCUGAAGUGCUGCCUAUGGUGAACCCGCUCUUCCAUCCGAUGUACCCGCUCGGCCCACGCAUGGACCGUCCCAGCAGUCGAGAGGCUCCUCCACUGCCCCACCCGAACCCAGAGUUCUCUCACCCCACCAAUGGCGCAAUCUCCUUGGUGAGGCACAAGAAUCCUCAUGCGGCCCGAGAUGGGUCCCCGUGCAACAGUGGACAGGAUUCGGCUGAUUCGGCACGGAGCAGCCCCCAGGACAAGCUCAGCGGCACCGGGCCCAGGACGAGAUCAAGCCCGGGGUUUGCCCGGGCAGAGGAAGGCAGGGCGAUAGACGCCAGCCGUAUCGCCCCCAGGGACAGCAUCCGCGUCUUUGGCCGCGAAGGCCAGGAGCUGAGGGUGUUCCAGUGCGAACACUGCCGCAUCCUGUUCCUGGAUCACGUCAUGUACACCAUCCACAUGGGUUGCCAUGGUUACAGAGACCCACUCGAGUGCAACAUCUGUGGCCACUGCAGCAAAGAUCGCUACGAGUUCUCCUCGCACAUCGUCCGUGGAGAACACACCUUUCGUUAAGAAUCCCACGCACUCUUGCAGUCAGUUUACCGCAGACACCAUCAGUUUACUGCUGAAGCAUUACAAGAGCACCAAUCGGCAGAUAUAUGAAGGUUUGGGUCCAAUAGAAAGUUUUCACUUUGGAACUGUUUGAAGAUUUUUGUUCUGGGCGAGGGGAUGAAUAUGUUUGUUUUAAAGUUCUUUUUCAUUUUUUUCACCUCACACAGAGAUUAUUGUUAUAUAUGUACUGAACCUUCCAACAGAGCAGCUAUGUGUUAUCUAAAGUUGUGAAGUUUUUUUCUCUUUUAUUUUUUUUUUGUUUGUCAUCUGUAUUACCUCGAUGCAUGCUGUCAUUCUUGUUUCAUGGACCUUGAUCAAUAUUACAGGAAAUACGAGCAAGCAGAGCUUAGUUUUGCAUACAAAAAAAAAAAAGACGAAAAAAAAAAUUGAUAGCUUCUUGCUACUGUGGCUUCUUAGUGCCUUGCUGAUGUUUUGAACGAUUUAGCUUUUUAUGGAGUGUUUUCUAUCUUUUUAGCAGCUUUUCUCAUCAUUUGCACCCUUUUGAUGAAGUUCCAGGGCGUAUGAGUUGAAGUUUCAGUAAUCGUUCUAAUGUCCUUAUAUCGGUGCUAUUCUGGUUUCACAAAAGCAGUCCUGUAGGUUGGCACAAAUCUUUUCAGACACAUUUUAAUGAAGUGCUGAUGACAAUCUUGUAGAUUUUAAUAGGAGACAGUGACACUUUUGCCAUGCUAAGGACAGAUUAGUUUUCCAUGCUGUGUUUUGCUGCUGUUGCACACUUACUAUCAUCUCUUGCGUUCUUAUGCACUUCGCUGAAAACAGCACUGCAACAUGCCUUGAUAAACCUGUUUUUGCACUAUUAGCUUGAGGCCUUGGGCGAAAAUAUGUUAUUUCCCUGCUACUGAUAAAGCGAAAAAAGGUCAGUGUGCAUUUUAGCUAGUAUAUUGUCAUCCGUGAUUCAACAGGGAACAAGUCUGCACCUAUAUUAACAUGCUUUAAUAAGAGGGUUGCCAUACUUUGAUUGAAAUCUGUUCAUUUCAUUCAGCCUAAAGACCAAAUGCCUCAUUCAGUCAAACUUCUCUUACUGUCUUGAGUGUUACAGCACAAGCUCAAAAAAAGAGUUUAGAUUUACUUUAUUUUUUCAGUCAACAAAUGGACCUAUGCAUUUGUUAUUGGGCUUUCUAAGAGCUGAGAUCUGAAAAAUGCACAUAUAUGCACUGCAUAUGCAUUUUUGGUUAGACUCCAGUUAGCUAAUUCAUU